AGGGUUUGCCUUUUUUUUUUUUUGGACGGAGGGAGUAAUUAAGGAGCUAGCUAGCCGUCCAAGUGAGAGUGACUGACACAGACACAGGAUGAGAGCGGCUGUUGGUCUUCUUCCCCUUCAACCCACUACCACUAGCAGGCAGCAGCGUCCUUUCCGCUUCCUCCUUUCUUCUCUUAUAUAUAGCACCACACCUCCAUUCCUUGGCUCUUCCGCCGGGGCAGUGCAGUGGAGCUCCCAGGCUAGAUCAUGUCGUUCUGGGGCGCGGUGGUGAGUGCGGGGAAACCCUACGUCGUUCGGCCCUCCGACGCCGGCGGCCGUCGCCUUCGGGUUACCCAGGCUACGCUAGGAAAUUUUGACCAUUCUGGUUGGGUCCUUGUUGAAUGCAAGGUUGGUGACCAGGGGCUCGUGAAGGUUGCUGCCCUAAAUCCUGAAACUGCUCCAGUUGCCCCCCUAGAGCUGGAAUUUGAGGAGAACAAGAAUGUGGUUUUAUCAGUCCGUGGUCAGAACUCAGUACACUUAUCAGGAUACUACAUCUGUUCUUACAAUGGUGACUAUGGUGAAAACAGCAAACAAGCCACUAAAGAAACGGUCUCGAAAGAUGAUGGUGCUGCUGAAAACAAUGAUGAAAAACAAGGGGAUGAAGCUAAACAGUCUAAAAAUGUACAGGCCGAACUGCAGCCUCACAUUCGCGUACUUGAUAGUGACCAUGGUGAAAACAGCAAGCAAGCCACUAAAGAAAUGGAAUCCAAUGCAAUGGAUGAAGAUGCAUCUCUUGGCCUAGAGCAUACUCUGGGAGGCAAUGUGGUUCAAGCUGCUAGUCAGGAGGAAAAUGCUUCACAAACUCAUGAGGAUAAUGAUGCUGCAGAUCAUAUUAUCCAACAAACUGACCCUCCUAUCCUGGUCUCAGAAGAUGAUGGUACUGCCGAAGACAAUGAUGAGGCCGAACUGCAGCCUCGCAUUCGUGUACUUGAUAGUGGUAUGACAAUAGAAGAUCUGGCCAAGGGAAAUGUUGGUGCCAAAAUUGCAUCUUGUGGCAAAAAGGUUUAUGUGAAGUAUGUCUGUAUGUUGAGCAAUGGUGAUACUGUUGAUCCUACCGGUGAAAGUUCCACUUGCAAAUUCAAACUUGGUGCUGGAGAAGUCAUUAGUGGAUGGGAUCUUGGUAUCGAUGGCAUGCGUGUAGGUGGAAUAAGGAGACUUGGCAUUCCUCCCCAUCUAGGCUAUGGUGAUGUUGGAAGAGGAAACAUACCACCAAACGCGUGGCUCAACUUUGAUAUCGAACUGCUGAAAGUCAAGAGUGGACGCAAGAAGGCACGGAAAGUAAAGAAGUCUAGGAGAGCGGCAGCAGAAACUUCUUCCACUGCACGCUAGAUGAAGUGAAGGCACCAGAUGCAACAUUUUGUUUUGGCUUAAUUCCAGCAAGAUUCUGCAAAAUGCCUCUUAAUUAGUACUCCUAAUAUCUAUAACACUCUUACCAGGCAGCCUGCUACUCUAUGGAUGGCAAACUUAAUUAGUACUAGCAACCAUCCUUCAUCUUUUGUUCUGUUUUGGUGGAGAACAAUGGCAUCAUGCUAACUAUGGUUAACUGGUUAUGGCCUGUUAGAAGUAUGUAGUGGUUUCUCUCUAGUUUGGUGCCCAAAAAAAAAGUUGGUAGCUUUUGUUAUGUACGGUUGGGCAUGUGUUAAGUUUAAUGCUAAAAUUAUGUUUAGUGAGAUCAGUAUCAUAUGCACACAACUUGUGUA